GCAGGGCCGCGGUGGCGGCGCUCCGAGAGGGUAACAAUGGCAGCGGCGCUGGCGGCGGGCGGCGGCACCGGGCCCGGGGCCGCGGCGGCGGUGGCGGUGAGCGGCGGGCUGGCCGCGCUGUCCGUGGCGCGGCGGAAGGACGGCGGCCCCACGGGCAAGUUCUGGGAGAGCCCGGAGACGGUGUCCCAGCUCGACUCGGUCCGCGUCUGGCUGGGGAAGCACUACAAGAAGUAUGUUCAAGCAGAUGCUCCUACCAAUAAAACACUGGCUGGGCUGGUGGUGCAGCUGCUGCAAUUCCAGGAAGAUGCCUUUGGAAAACAUGUCACCAAUCCUGCCUUCACAAAGCUUCCUGCAAAGUGCUUCAUGGAUUUCAAAGCUGGAGGUACAUUAUGUCACAUUCUUGGUGCUGCUUACAAAUAUAAGAAUGAACAGGGCUGGAGGAGGUUUGACCUGCAGAACCCGUCUCGAAUGGACCGAAACGUGGAGAUGUUCAUGAACAUUGAGAAAACACUAGUGCAGAACAAUUGUCUGAGCAGACCAACCAUCUACCUCAUUCCAGACAUAGAGCUGAAGCUGGCUAAUAAAUUGAAGGACAUUGUCAAGCGUCACCAGGGAACAGUAACUGAAGAGAAAUCAAAGGCUACCCACCAUGUUUAUCCAAGUCCUACCUCAAUGGAUGAUGAUGAAUGGCUGAGACCUGUGAUGAAAAAAGACAAGCAGGUGCUGGUACACUGGGGCUUUUUUCCAGACAGCUAUGACACUUGGGUUCAUGCCAAUGAGAUAGAUGCUGAAAUUGAGGACCCUCCGAUUCCCGAAAAGCCAUGGAAGGUUCAUGCCAAGUGGAUUUUGGACACAGAUAUAUUCAAUGAAUGGAUGAAUGAAGAGGAUUAUGAGGUAGAUGAGAACAGGAAAUCAGUGAGUUUUCGACAGAGAAUCUCAAUGAAAAAUGAGGAGCCUGUUCGUAGUCCAGAGAGGAGAGACAGGAAAGCAACAGCAAGCACAAGGAAGAGGAAACAUUCUCCUUCCCCACCCCCCACCCCUGUGGAGUCGAGGAAGAAGACAGGGAAGAAAGGACAAGCAGCUUUAUAUGGAAAAAGGAGAGGGCAGAAAGAAGAGGAUGAGCAAGAAGAUCUGACGAAGGACAUGGAGGAUCCCACUCCAGUACCUAAUAUAGAAGAAGUGGUACUGCCCAAAAAUGUGAACCCGAAGAAAGACAGUGAAAACACACCUGUGAAAGGAGGAACAGUGGCAGACCUCGAUGAACAAGAUGAGGAGACAGUGGCAACUGGAGGAAAGGAGGAUGAAGACCCAAACAAGGGCGAUCAAAGUCGGUCGAUUGAUCCGGGUGAAGACAACGUCACAGAACAAACCAACCACAUCAUUAUUCCAAGCUAUGCAUCUUGGUUUGACUACAACUGCAUCCAUGUGAUUGAACGUCGUGCUCUUCCUGAGUUCUUCAAUGGGAAAAACAAGUCCAAGACGCCAGAAAUAUACCUGGCUUACCGCAACUUCAUGAUUGACACCUACCGCUUAAACCCUCAGGAGUACUUGACCAGCACUGCCUGCAGAAGGAACCUGACAGGGGAUGUGUGUGCUGUCAUGAGAGUACAUGCUUUUCUGGAGCAGUGGGGUCUCAUUAACUACCAAGUGGAUCCAGAAAGCCGUCCCAUGGCCAUGGGCCCUCCUCCUACUCCUCACUUCAACGUGUUGGCUGAUACACCCUCUGGACUCAUGCCUCUGCAUAUCCGCACUCCGCAGGUUCCAGCUGCUCAGCAGAUGUUGAGUUUUCCUGAGAAGAACAAAGAGAAGCCAACUGACCUGCAGAACUUCGGCCUUCGCACAGACAUUUACUCAAAGAAGACUUUAGCAAAGAGUAAAGGUGCAAGUGCUGGAAGAGAAUGGACAGAACAAGAGACGUUGCUGCUGUUAGAGGCACUGGAGAUGUACAAAGACGACUGGAACAAGGUGUCAGAGCACGUGGGGAGCCGUACCCAGGACGAGUGCAUUCUCCACUUCCUGAGGCUGCCCAUCGAGGACCCGUACCUGGAGAACUCGGACGCGUCCCUGGGCCCGCUGGCGUACCAGCCUGUGCCCUUCAGCCAGUCCGGCAACCCCGUCAUGAGCACCGUGGCUUUCCUGGCCUCCGUGGUGGAUCCCCGGGUGGCAUCAGCUGCAGCAAAGGCUGCCUUAGAGGAGUUUUCUCGAGUCAGAGAGGAGGUGCCACUGGAGCUGGUUGAAGCUCAUGUGAAGAAGGUCCAGGAAGCAGCAAGAGCCUCUGGGAAGGUGGAUCCGACAUACGGGCUGGAGAGCAGCUGCAUUGCCGGAACGGGCCCCGACGAGCCGGAGAAGAUGGAUGGAGCUGAAGAAGAAAAGAUGGAAACUGAGACAGAUGGGCAGCAGUCUGAGAAGGUGGAAAGCAAAGCAGAGGGUGAAAUGGAGGAAGGUGAUAAAGUGCAAGAAGGAGAAAAUGAGAGAAAUGCAGAGAAAGAGCAAGAUGGAGAAGUGGCUGCAGACACCAAGUCAGAAGAAAAGGAGGCAGAAGAGAACAAGGAGAACGUUGAUGCAAGCAAAGAGAAAGAGAACGAGGCUGGGAAGAAGAAAGUGGAACAUGAAAUCUCGGAAGGAAACGUAGCUACAGCUGCAGCUGCUGCCCUUGCCUCAGCUGCCACCAAAGCAAAGCACCUGGCAGCGGUGGAAGAGAGAAAGAUCAAGUCCCUGGUGGCGCUUCUGGUGGAAACACAGAUGAAGAAGCUGGAGAUAAAACUUCGCCAUUUUGAAGAGCUGGAAACCAUCAUGGACAGAGAGAAAGAGGCAUUAGAGCAGCAGAGACAGCAGCUGCUGACAGAGCGCCAGAACUUUCACAUGGAGCAGCUGAAAUACGCUGAGUUAAGGGCUCGCCAGCAAAUGGAGCAGCAGCACAGUCAGAACCCACAGCAGUCUCACCAGCACUCCAGUGGGCCUGGCAUGAACCCCCUCGGGGCACCAGCACACCCAGGCUUACUGCCUCAUCAGCAGCCCCCACCGUACCCUAUGAUGCACCACCAGAUGCCACCACCUCACCCACCACAGCCAGGUCAGAUGGCGGUGCCUGGUGCCAUGAUCCCCGGGCAGCCCAUGCCAGGCCGCAUGAUGCCAGGCGUGUCGGCCAACGUCCAUCCCGCCGGCGCCGCGCCUCCCCCGCCCGGCAUGGCACCCAUGGCCGGGAACCUCAUCGGACCUCGUGUUCCCCUGGCAGCUCCAAAUGGCAUGUAUGCCCCUCCUGCACAGCCGCCUCCUCCAGCAGAAGGGGUGACCCCCCCGCCGGCCGCCGCGCCCCCGGCCUCGGCCGCUCCCUGAGCACUCAAGGAAGGAAGAACUUCUCCAGCAACAUAGUGGUGACCAAAAAUGAAUCCCUCAGUUACUUUCCCGUCCCUUGGGAGGUUUUCUCUUCCCAUCAGCCCGCCCUGGUCGCGCAUGUGUGCACACACACACCAGAUACAAGCACACCCACACAGCCCCUGUCCCCCACCUCUCCCAGCCUUCCUCUGGGAAAGCCCGAGGUCAGACCUGCCAGCAGUGCCUCCCAUGUUGCUGCUGGGAAGUCCUUUACGCUUUGGCCUGCUUGCCUGGCAGUGUGCUCCGCUCUGGUUUCUCUCCUCUUGGUGUUUUGAGCUGUGGGUUCACCUGGGGAGCGUGAGAGAGAACCGAGUUUUCCUGGUGGAGGCAUUAACGGAGCCAGCUCCAGCUGGGAUGUGGUGUCUCAGGUCCCUCCAGGUACAGCAAAGCAUCAAGAUGAGAUAUCAAACCAGUGUUUGGAGCAGAGAAGGGAAGUGAGGGCGUGCUGUGGCACAGCAGUGCCAGCGUGCUCGUGGCAGAGACCUGCUCCUCGAGGACCCGGGUCCCAGGCUGCCUCCCUGAGUUAUUAGAGACCAUCCUGAUGCAGUGUGAACAGAGCCAGGAGUGAGCCCAUUGCAACAGAGCCACUCCAGGGUAGGAGUCUUUCUUGCUCCAGUUUUAACCUUUCCUUUGCCUUUGAAGGUGGUAGUUGGACCUUCCCCCUGAGUAGUUCGGUAACAGUAGCCAGCUGAGGAAGGGAAUCCUCUUUGCUUUGGUUUGGUUUAGUCCUUUUGGGGAGCAUUUGCUUUUUACUUUUAAAAAUGAAUAAAAACAAACAAAAAAACCAUGUCAGUAGCUAGUGAAGAAGUGCUAGAUAGGGGCUGGGGCUGGGCUGGGGUUCUCUGCCCUCCCCCAGCAGGACAGGAGCUGAGGGCUCCCCUGGGCGGGGGCUGCAGGCUGCUCCAUGCAGUGCCUGGGCACAAGGCUGGGGGCUGGGAGAGAGCUCCCAGGUGCUCUGGGACCCACAGAACCACUUCCCACCGUGGGAAGGGAAGAGAAGGGAAGCAGCAGCUUUGCUUUGAAGAGCACCCAGGUGAGCGACUCACACGGCUGCACUCGCCAGGUCCUGAGAGUGCAGGAGUGUGGGUGCAGCAUCCCCCUGCUGCCCCCAGCGCCACCACCCCGCGGUGCCUGGCAGGGACGGUCAGGGCCUGCCCCCUCCCACACAGGAGCUUCCCCCCUCCCUCCCUCCCCAGCCUUCCCUUUCCCCAGGGCUCUGGGGUGAGCGUGGGAUUGUUCUGGUUCAGGCCAUAGCCCAGUUUUAGAGUAACCUCAGGUUGUUUUUAGCUCGAUCAACUUCCACUAUAAAGGAUGCAGGUGGAGACUGUGUUUUUUACUGUAGUGCUGCUCCUGCAGCGUGACCUGACGCCCUGACACUCGUCUCUGUACAAAGAGCCCCUGUGCUGACUUUUUCACCUGAUCCUGUGUCUGGGGCCGGUUUUGCUCCCGUGACACAGCCACCCACUUUUGUGAAAUAAAAGGAAGAAUCAUGUGGUUUUUGUACAAA